AUGACCUUUUUUAAAGCAUUAUACCGGUUUAGAAAUAAAAAUUCACUUAGAGAAGACAUGCCUUUACUUCAUCAUUAUUUCUUUCCCCAUAAGAAAACUUUUGCACUGCUUCAAGCUAUCAAAGAUGAAGAAAAAUAUUUUUACGACUUACAAGGCACUCAAAUUGUAGCGCUUAAUUUCACAGUAACCAUCAUGUUCCUUUUUCAAUACCUCAUCUUUUUUAUAAGACUUUUCAAGUGCGAUCAAGAAUCGCUUUUCGAGAAAGAGAGAACACAAAAAAUAUUCCCACAAACAUGA